AUGGAGGGCGCCUUCACCCACAUGGGCAACCACCUGGUGUCCGACUCGGCAGCCACCAUCAACGCUGGCGCCGGCGACGACGAAAUCACGGGACUAAGUGCUCGCCGCCGCAGGAAUGACGACGAGGACGACGACCUGUUUGACGACGAUGCCGAGAGCAUCAUGGACAUGCCCGCCGGAGGAGCCAACGGACAGCAGAUGGCCAAGGAAGAAGAGGAGGUCGAGCUUCCCGCACACGCUUGCGCAUACUGCGGUAUCCACAACGCGGGCAGCGUCGUCAAGUGCUUGGCUUGCAACAAAUGGUUCUGCAGCGCCCGCGGCAACUCGUCGUCGUCGCACAUCAUCAACCACCUUGUUCGCGCCCGUCACAAGGAAGUUCAGCUGCACCCGGCCUCGUCGCUCGGCGACACGACGCUCGAGUGCUACAGCUGCGGCGUGAAGAACGUCUUCUUGCUUGGUUUCAUUCCUGCCAAGUCGGAUACCGUCGUUGUGCUGCUGUGCCGUCAGCCGUGCGCCUCGAUGCCCUCACAGAAAGACAUGAACUGGGACACCUCACGUUGGCAGCCGCUCAUCGAAGACCGCUCCUUCCUUCCUUGGCUUGUGCCCCCACCGACCGACCAAGAGCAGCUUCGCGCUCGUCACCUUAGCCCACAGACGAUUGCGAAGCUCGAGGAGCUAUGGAAAGACAACGCGAACGCUACCAUUGCGGACUUGGAGAAGGGCGCCGGACAAGAGGAGGUCAUUGCCAAGGUUCUGCUUCGCUACGACGACGCGUUCCAAUACCAGAACGUCUUUGGUCCUCUGGUCAAGAUCGAGGCGGACUACGACCGCAAGCUGAAGGAGUCGCAAUCGCAGGACAACCUGAUCGUUCGCUGGGACAUGGCGCUGAACAAUAAACACACCGCCAGCUUCAUCCUCCCCAAGCUCGAGUUGGGUGACGUCAAGCUUGCCGUUGGAGACGAGAUGCGCCUGCGAUACACGGGAGAGCUGCGUCCUCACUGGGAAGGAGUCGGAUACGUCAUCAAGAUCCCAAACAACCAGUCCGACGAGGUGACAAUUGAGCUGCGCACAAAGGGCGACCACAAGUCGGUCCCAACCGAAUGUACCCACAACUUCAGCGCCGACUACGUAUGGAAGGCGACCUCGUUCGACCGCAUGCAGCACGCCAUGAAGACGUUUGCAAUUGACGAGAUGAGCGUGUCUGGCUACAUUUUCCACCGCCUGUUGGGCCAUGAGGUCGCAUCGGCACCCAUGAAGAUCCAGAUCCCUCGCAAGUUCAGUGUACCAGGCUUGCCAGAGCUGAACGGCAGUCAGAUUAACGCGGUCAAGAGCGUUCUGCAAAAGCCUCUUAGUCUGAUCCAGGGUCCCCCGGGUACCGGAAAGACCGUCACUUCAGCAACGAUCAUCUACCACCUCUGCAAGAUCAGCGGCAGCCAAGUGUUGGUUUGUGCACCAUCCAACGUCGCUGUUGACCAGCUUUGCGAACGUAUCCAUCUCACUGGCCUGAAAACUGUUCGCGUCACUGCAAAGUCCAGGGAAGAUGUCGAGUCUCCGGUCGGCUUCUUGUCUCUCCACGAGCAGGUUCGCAUGAACGACACCAACGUCGAGCUCAACAAGCUCAACCAGCUCAAGAGUGACGUUGGCGAGCUGUCCAGCCAGGAUGAGAAGAAGUUCAAGCAACUCACUCGUGCAGCCGAACGCGAAAUUCUCAAUGCGGCCGACGUCAUCUGCUGCACUUGCGUUGGUGCUGGAGACCCGCGCCUUUCUAAGAUGAAGUUCCGCACGGUCCUUAUUGACGAGUCUACGCAGUCUGCCGAACCCGAGUGCAUGAUUCCUCUGGUCCUUGGGUGCAAGCAGGUCGUGCUUGUUGGUGAUCACCAGCAACUCGGACCUGUCAUUAUGAACAAGAAGGCUGCUACCGCCGGGCUUAAUCAGUCCCUUUUCGAACGUCUGGUCAUCCUGGGCUGCUCUCCAAUCCGCCUACAAGUUCAGUACCGCAUGCACCCUUGCCUGUCCGAGUUUCCUUCAAACAUGUUUUACGAAGGCUCGCUCCAAAAUGGUGUAACCAUGCAGGAGCGUGUGCGCCGCGACGUUGAUUUCCCCUGGCCUGUCGGCGACAAUCCCAUGAUGUUCUGGUCCAACCUUGGUGCAGAAGAGAUCUCGGCCAGUGGCACGUCUUACCUCAAUCGUACCGAGGCGCAGAAUGUCGAGAAGAUCGUCACUCGUUUCUUUAAGGCAGGCGUACAACCGAGCGACAUUGGUAUCAUCACGCCGUACGAGGGUCAGCGCAGUUACGUUGUCAGCUCCAUGCAGGCGACCGGCAGCUUCAAGAAGGAGAACUACAAAGAGGUUGAGGUUGCUUCCGUCGAUGCCUUCCAAGGUCGUGAGAAGGAUUUCAUCAUCCUGUCUUGCGUUCGUUCCAACGACCACCAAGGUAUCGGUUUCUUGAGUGAUCCUCGUCGUCUCAACGUCGCUCUCACGCGUGCCAAAUACGGUCUCGUCAUUCUUGGAAACCCGAAGGUUCUUAGCAAGCACCCGUUGUGGCACUACCUCUUGCUCCAUUUCAAGGAACGCAACUGCCUCGUUGAAGGGCCCCUGUCCAACCUGCAGGUCUCGCUUCUGCAAUUCAGCCGUCCCAAGCAGACAUACCGCGGACCCCAACGCUACCAGAUGGCGUACCAGCAUGCAAAUGCCAUGACUUCCGGUCGCCAAGGUAGCUACAACGGCGGCAAGCCGACUCGUCAAGAUUUCAACGACAACGGCUCUAUUGUCGGUUAUAUUCCCGAUGAUGUGUCUUCGGUUCACUCCUCUGCUCUUGGUGGCGUUCCUUCCAACUAUCCUCCCAUGUUCUCCAACUUUCAGGAGUCCUGGCCUCUUCCUGGUCGCAACGGUCAGGGUCCCAGGGGUCAGAGCAGAGCACCACAGAGCGUUGCCGGCGAAUCUAUCGCUGCGAGUGAGCUGACCGAUACCCGCAGCGAUGCUCCCGGCGGCAUCAGCCUCUCUGGUUUGAACCUGAACGACUACAACAAGCCCACGUCACUCAGCCAGUCUGAUCGUCUGAACCGCUUUGUUGAGUCGACACGCCAGGGUCCCAACAUGGGCGGUGGAUUUGCUGCUGGUCGUGGCUUGCGUAACGGUCUCGGAUUUGACGACGACGAUGCUCGCAGUGUCUCUACUGCUUUCGCCAGUCAAAUCGGUGGGCCUGGCAACUAUGACUGA